UUCCUCUCUUUCAGGAUUGGCAGUCAUGCAUUCCCAGAGCAAUGAUUACUUGGAUAUUGGGAACAACCCACGGGUGGGCACCAAACGCUAUAUGGCACCUGAAGUUUUGGAUGAACAGAUUCGUAUGGACUGCUUUGAAUCCUUCAAGCGGACAGACAUCUGGGCUUAUGGUCUGGUUCUAUGGGAGAUAGCCCGAAGAACCAUUGUGAAUGGGAUUAUUGAAGAUUAUAAACCUCCUUUCUUCGACUUGGUUCCAGUCGACCCCAGCUUUGAAGACAUGAAAAAAGUGGUUUGCAUUGACCAGCAGACACCCACCAUUCCAAAUCGGAUGUUCUCUGACCCGGCUUUAUCUUCCCUAGCUAAGAUCAUGAAAGAAUGCUGGUUCCAGAGUCCCCCAGCAAGACUCACAGCUCUGAGGAUUAAAAAGACACUGAAAAAACUCAGCAACUCCUUCCACAAACCCAAACACUCUCCUAACUUCUAGGAGCAGAAAUUGGAUUUCUGGCUCCUUGGCUCAAAGGAAGUUCAAGGUCAUCCCUUCAAAGUUUCCUGCUGGUCCUGGCCUCUGUCUGUGGCUUCAGUAGACCUCCUUUGAAGCUUGACCAAGAGGUUUUUGGACUAGAGCUCUGUAGCUCAAAGUGACCCUCUGCAAGGAAGUUUCACAGAACAGAUGACAGCUUCUGGAAUCCUUAAUUUGUUCCUCUAGCAACAAAAGGGAGGAGGGGCCUACCCAUGUCUUGCAGAAUGUACAUUAAUAUAAAUACUCCCUGGAUCUGUAACCUGACGCCAGUCCGUCUCGCCACCAAAAAUCCUGAAAAAUGGGAGGGAUCCCAUUUGCAAAGAACACAGCUGCUAUGCCCAAAGGGGUGGCUGCCUUUGAAACGCCAGUUAAGGAUCAUUUGCAAAGGUAGUGUUUAGAUUGAAUGUAUAAAAUCUGUUCGUGCCUCUAGCUGUGUGUGCAUGCAUGUGCAUACAUGUGUGCAGAGGAGCCAUUUCAAAAGUGCCUACAAUGGUUUAAAGGGAUAGGCACAACUAUGCAAGCCUUUAUACUAGACAAAUCUGAGACCACUAUGGGGAUAUGACAGUUUUUUCUAUCUGUAUGUGAACAUGGAAAGCUGUCUAGAUGGUCAAUGUGAUAUUGCUUUGCUUGUAUGUAGUCUUGAUUUCUUUUUAAAUAAGCCAGAAUUUUAGCAGCACAAGGCUUCAAAAUGACUUUCCAUCCUGUAACCGAUCUUAGAACCGGUCCUGACUAGCCCUGUCAUAUAAUCCCCGAACAUGGUCAGUAGAAACAGGGUUUAGCAACCAUGCUGAAUAGAGCUGGCUUUGCUCUCUAUGGAUGGAAGACAAAUGCCGGUAGUGAAUGAACACACACACACACACACACACACACACACGUCAGGGAAUUGCACAGCAGAUGUCCAAAUGAAGCCAGAGACACUGACAUGAAUUUGUAGCUUUAUAUAAAUAAAUAUACUGUAUUUUACAUCUAUAUUUGCAGCAAACAAGAUAGUCAGACUAACAGGAGUAUCAUGAAGUAAAUCACAGGGCAUACAGGAUACACAGAAGAAAAAGGCGGGAAAACAAACUCCCCCUUUACAUCCACAGUAUUCCAUCACAGCAUAGAUUGCCUCACGCGGGAGCCAGCACUCUCCAACCAAUCUACUAUAACUGUGUGUUCUGACUUAUUGCAUGACCACACUGCUCCAGCUAUUAAAUUUAAAUACCUUUGCACACACAUAUGUGAUGCAAUUUUUUUCUGCAUUUGAGCCCCACAAGAAUUAAGGAUCACCAACACUAUUGUUCCCCCACUGCAGUUUUUCUUAGGAGCCCUCAAAGGUUUUAGGCAAUUCAGAACCAAGGUGAAUGUCCAGGAGCUGGAUUUGCAUACAACUACAUCAAAUGAAUUUUGAGAAAUUUCAGUAUGCAGAUGCAAUAUAAGGCAAAAAUCUAACCAAAUAAAAUGAUGGGAAUUUCACUCUAUUGAUUUUAAGAUGGGGGUGAGAGGAAUGGGUCCUAUCUAAAAGAUAAGUUGGAUCAAACAUUACUCUUUCCACCUGAUGUUAUUGUAUUGCAUGGAUGAGUUACAAUAGCUGUAAGCUUCACAAACCCUGUGCACAAAUAGAGUCCAAUAGUUCCACUAAAACUGAGAUGAGUAAGAUUGCUUCUUGAUAUGCUGGAUACAUCUACAAGUGAACAAAUUGCAAAGACCAAGGCCUGUCCUUGUAAAAUUACUUUGAAUAAAAGGGUGGAAGGUGGAAAAAGUUUUCAACAGUUUAAUCAGGCCCAAGAGUGAACUUCUGAAUAGCCUAUAACAAGAUAAGACAAAACAUUAAACAGGAAAGCAAUGGGGAAGGCCUGUACAUUCACAGAGUUGUGCUAACAUCUCCAAGGAAUUAGCUUUCUAUGCCAUAGAAAUGUAUAUCAGCAUAUAAUAAUAUAUGCAGGACAGGUGAGUAGAACUGAGUGAAGAACACAUAACCUCAUUUCAUCAAAAGCCUCAAAAUUGCUUUGAGAUCAUUACUAAUUUGCACAGAAAUUAUUUUUGUAUUUAUUAAACAUGCUGGGGGGGUGGGGGGUGGAAUAAGCAGCCUUUUGUUGUUGUUUGCAAAAAAAGUUCCAAAAUACCUGAGUCCAGACAAAGAUUCUCUAAUGGGGAGAAGGAUGAGAAGCACAAAUUAACAAAAGAGAACAAAGAGUUUCAGGGGGGAAAACAACAGUGUUUGUUUUUUUAAAGCUACAUCUCCAUUCAGAGACCACAAGUCCCAUUAGGACUAACAGGAGUCAAGUGUUCUAAAUGAACUCCUAGAUGGCAAGUAAUAAUUAAACUAUGCCUUUUCUUUCAGCUCAUAUGAACUAGUUUUAAAAAAGGAGGAAAAAUGUAUUUGUUGAGGGUUACUGAUAUGUCCAAACAAUCAGCUGAAUUGGAAUCUGAAUCCAGAAUUUCCUCUAUCAAACACCUGCUUGUUGAAAUUUUUUUGACAUUUGUCAUCAUAUACUUUAAUAAGGCUGAUUGAAAAUAUAUCUAUGAUACUGGGAAGUUAGUCUCAUUGAUUUUCAGAAAAUUGCAUGCUUAAUGCUUUUUGGCUUUUUAGAUGUACAUAGUAUUUUAUGUAUAACCUAAAAAUGUCAGGAAUAAAGCAUACAGUAAUAAAAAGGGCUUUGAAGAUAUCAUAUGCUAAUCAGAGGCAGGAUUAGGUGCAGGAUGCUUGUCAAAUGCACGGUUUGUCUUGGGUUCAAUCCUGAUCUCUUAGAUGAAGGUGGGAACGUUAAUUCUCUGCAACCAAGAAAGAGCCACUGCUAGUUAAUUUGUGGAAUACUGAACUAGAUAGCUUAUGUCCCUAAGAGCUCAACAGCUGCCUGGUUUCAUAGCCAAUUGCUUGCUGAUUGCAAACUGCUGUUUAUCCAGGAUAGAUGAGUAUCCAAAAUAUUGCGGCUGGCUCCAUGUUUUUAAUAGUCUAGGAAGUUCUGAAUUCCAUGUAGCACAGGCUGGAAUUUUUAUCAUGUUAUUUGCCCUUUAAGAACCCAAUCAAUUUUCCAGCUUUGAAAAUGGAUGUUGGACAAAGCUGCAAAAUAGCACAUUGAUAAGCUAAGGAAACACUAUGUUAGAUGCAUCUGCUAUUCCAAACCAUCAUCUCAGCUUAUUUGCUAGCAAAAUGGUGCCCCCACAGCCCUCCAAUUGGCACAGAAGCUGAGCUGUAUAUUUAUUUUAAUCAGAAGCUUGCCCAUGUGAAUCAGUAACAUAUGUAGUAACAAGUCUAUAUAUCCAAACAGCUCUGAUCAAAAGUAAUUAAGCAUAAAUCAUUCCAUGUGCUGGAAAGAAGCCCUCAUGUGUAGACUCUAAACUCAGGGACAAGUCUCAAUCUAAGCUAAAUCUGGAUUUGAUUUUUUUUAAAACCCUCUGGUCUCCAUAGCCACUGACACUGAUAGCAGAAAUGUGCAAGUUUGCAGGAAGAAAAAUCUAGGUUAACUAGGCAGACAGGUACAAUUUAGCAUGAGGAUCACAUCAUGUAUGUUUCUCUCAUGCUUACGGGAUCAUAAUUAGGAGCCAUAAUUUCUCCUUAGAGAAUAGAUGGCUUUUUUUCCUCAGCAUUUAUUCAGAAAUUCCUGUUUUCUCUGCAUGCCUAUCCUGACACCUGACUGUUGAAGGGCCAAUGGAUAUACACUGCCAAAGUGCUGUCAAUAUUGUUCAUAUAGUUUCUCACUGUUUACAUUCUCUCUUCACACUGUAAAUAUUAGAUAACACUGAAAAUAAUUAGGCAUUCAUAGUUAGAUUUACAACUCAACUGUGAAUGAGCCCGGUGCACAACUCUUAUACAACGUCCAUAAUUUCCCAGUGAAUAUGUGAAGUUUUGGCAUUCAUGUAACGUACGCACUUGUGUCUCUGUUCAGAUGCUGAUUAAUAUUGAAAGAAAGACAGAUGGAGCCUUACAGCUGAUAAUACACCAAUAGUUGUUCUAGUCUUGCGUAACUACAUUAACACAAGAUAUAACUUUAGUUCAGGGUCAGACAAAGUGGUACCCCCCCCCAAGCCCUCUGUUCCACCUGAUUUUUAUGCUUUUUUAAAUUUAAAAAAAUAUUAGAGAAUAGGAAACAGGCAUGCUGCAAUGCAAAGCAAAAUGCUCUAGCACCAUAUUAAUUUGGAGCAAUGCCUUUGGGUCCCAUAAAGGCCCACUGGGAGAGUAGAAAGCACACUGGGGAUGGGGAGUUUGUUCUCUGGCUAAAUGGGCAUUUGGGGGACCGCCCUUGCUCAUUGCAGCAGCCUUUAUCGAAACAGGCAAGUCGGACUGGGGGCCCUCUGGGGAGUAACGCUCAUCAUGUGCUCUCAACAUUAUGAAUGCGCCCCAAGGCGGAGUCCAGCUCCCUACUUGGUUAAGGGAACCUCGGUCUGUCUGAAGCCCCUGAGCAGAGAAAGCCCAUACACAGUGGUUUCAUUGUCUCCCUGCAGGGAACCUUGCCAAGGGCCCUGUCAUACUUCUCGUGCAAACUUUGAUCUUCCAGCAUUUGUGUACCCCGAAUGAUUUCAGUGAUAGUUGGCUGUUCUUUUAUGGGCCUUUUC